GUUGCCUCAGUAACCGCGUCGUGGCCGCGAAAGAUGGCGGGGCGCAGUCUUGGGCGGAGGGGACGCAGCGGUCCCGGGACGCCGCUCCCGUCGCGCGUGCGGCAGCCUGCGGGUCCCCGACGGGACCUCCUCGCUCAGGAGGAAGAAUAUAAGCGCUUAAAUGCAGAAUUGGAAGCAAAAACCGCUGACCUGGUUCGACAAGCUGAAGAAGUAAUCCGAGAUCAGCAAGAGGUACGAUCUAGGCCAAUUUCAUCACAAAUUAAAUCAUAUGAAGAGGAAGGUGAUUACAGUUUAAGAGGACUAUUAUCAGAUGAAGGGAUGAUUAACCUGCAUUCAGAAACUAAGCCAAAAACAAAAAACAAUGGUCCUGUAAACAAGGUUCAAAACAAACUACUAUCUGCAAAUAAAGGAAAGAAAACAAAUUCAAGUGCUAAAUUGAAAUACUCAGAUGUACACACUGCUGAUGAUGUUGCCAUUCCAGAGGAUUUCUCAGACUUUUCUCUGGCAAAAACAAUUAGCAAAAUUGAAGGGCAGCUAGAGGAAGAAGGCUUACCUGAAUGUGUAGAUGAUGAUAUCUUCUCUGGAAUUAGUAAAGACAUUGGAACAGAAGCACAGAUCAGAUUUCUAAAGGCCAAACUCCGUGUUAUGCAAGAGGAAUUGGAUAAUGUUGUGUGUGAAUGUAAUAAAAAAGAAGAUGAAAUUCAGGAUUUAAAGUCUCAAGUAAAAAAUUUUGAAGAAGAUUGUGGGAGACAGCAGCGAACAAUUAAUAUGCAACAGUCUCAACUAGAAAAAUAUAAAACUCUUUUUGAAGAAGCAAACAAAAAAUGUGAUGGAUUACAACAACAAUUAUCUUCAGUGGAAAGGGAAUUAGAAAGUAAAAAAAGACUUCAAAAACAGGCUGCCAGUAGUCAAAGUGCCACAGAAGUUCGCUUGAAUAGAGCUCUAGAAGAAGCAGAAAAAUAUAAAUUGGAGUUAAAUAAAUUAAGACAAAACAACAAGGAUAUAACAAAUGAAGAACACAAAAAAAUUGAAGUAUUAAAAGCAGAAAACAAGAAACUAGAAAAACAAAAAGGAGAGUUAAUGAUGGGGUUCAAGAAACAAUUAAAAUUAAUUGAUGUUUUAAAAAGGCAGAAGAUGCAUAUUGAAGCUGCCAAGAUGCUGUCUUUCACUGAAGAAGAAUUUAUGAAGGCACUUGAAUGGGGAAAUUCAUAAAUGAUAUACUUCAGUUCCUUUUAUGACCAUGUGUAAUGGUAAUGGUUUUAUUUUUACUCUUUAUGAAAUCAAAAUACUUUCAAGAACUCCAUGUUUACAUUUGAGGGAUACAAAACUGAUAUAUUACUCUGCUAUGUAAGUAGGAAAUGGAAAUAUAAAAUAAAAAGGAUUAUAUGUUUUA